AUGAACGGCUAUUCACCCUACCCUACCAACACCCACCAAGCUAUUUAUGCCGGUUCCAAUGGUCACCUACCGGUAGCAGGGCCCGCUAACGAUGUCCAACACCUCCGGCCGAGCCGAGGAGAGGGCUUGGAUUACCACCAUGAUAGUGACCAUUCAUUUUCGCCCCAAUCAGCACCACCCAACUACCUACAGUACACUCCUGAAACUGCAUCUGCUUCUCAAAAUAUCGAGAUUUCAGCUGCACCCCCUCCCUCUCCAUCUUACAAAGCGCUUGGUAAACGACGGGCGUCUGCUGUCGAUCCCCCUGCCAUCACAAUUGACUACCAACAUGGCACUCCUGACUCUUCGUUUGCCAAUGGGGGUCGGGCCAGUGCUACCCCACCUUAUGUUGAGUCGACAGCACCUCGUAAUAACAGACAAAAGGGUCGUCCAAAGGCGAGCUCGAGGACUGUACCACGAGCGCCUAAGGAGCCAGCAUUGCGCCGCGUCAUGCCUUCACGCCAGCGACGAGGUGCAACAGCGCAUGGCGUUGGAAGCAACCCGAUCGAUACCAUGAUUAUUGAGGCACGCCAGCGCGCAGCUGAAUAUGUGCCCAUAGUGGACCCGGAUGCCGUAUUUCUCAUAACAACGGAUCCCAAAGGGCCACCCAUCGCCGGCCCUUCAAACGCUGGAUCUGGGGGCGCCACCACAGGAAACGAGGAUGAACGGUACUUCGAGCGAGAAGAAGUGGCCGAAAAUAUACGCCAGCAGGCCAUCAUCCAAACACCAGAGUUUUGUUUACUUUCUGAAGUCUAUCAGCCGUCGUCUCGUCUUAGGACCCGGACCGAAGCGGACGUCUUUGACUCAUCAGAUGCGGCGUAUGAGCGGCUCCACCGUAGACCCGAGAUGCUCGAAAAACGACAACGGAGACGUGAAAAGGACAAGCUGGAACAUGAGCGGUACAAACUCAAAGAGCGAGUUGAGCAGCUCCGUGCUAUGGAUCUCCAGCAUUUCCGCGGGCUACUUUCAUCUUCACAUUCUGCCCCAGGCACAGAAUCUAACCACGAGCUGGAAUCAAUACGCAGCGAGCUUCUUGCGCAUGCAGACGAUCUCAUUCGACGUUAUGAUAUACUCUUGCCGCCUGAUCCCCGCGCGGCGAAUGGACAGCGAUUACGUCUGAAAGAAUGGGAAGUCCGCCGAGAAGGGAAUCGGUUUAUACCCCUCACAGAUGAAGCGGCUAGCGAACUUGCCGCAGCUGGUUUGUUGGAUGAGCAAUCCGCCGCCGAGGCUGCCGCCGCAGGGUUGCUGAUCACCGCCGCAGGUCCUGGUUUACCGCUGGGGGGGAAGGGAGGAAAAGGCUAUGGUGUUGGGUUCCAGGCCAAUUUAUUGCCAAGCGAUACCGACGGCGAAGAGGAUGUUGAAGGCGAAGGUGAAGGUGAAUGUGAAGGUCAUGUUGAUGUGACGGAGCACGAUGACGAGCUGGAGGUUAACGAAUCCCCGUCGCCAACACACAAGGGUGAGGAAGAGCCCAGGGCUGAAAAUGACAUCCAGCCUUCGAUCUCUCCCGUCCAAGAGCCUCCUCGGCCUUCUUCAGGCAUGUUGAAGAUCAGGCUCAAAGUUCCAAGGCCCUCUAUUACCCCUAAGAGCUCAGAUCUAUCUCAAGACACAACCCGGGCGCCUUCAGAAUCAGAGGCGCCAGUUCCCCAAGAAGAAUGCCCGCCUAACAUUCAGGAAGCUCCCACUAUUGAAGUCCCGCAGUCACCUGGAUCCCUUCCUGACGAUGUGCCGCAUAGCGUGAACUCUCCAAUCGCUCAAUUGGAAACUCGCGACAUACCUCAGCCUACCGAGGAUUAUCCUACACCGACCCCAUCGGUUACCUCGCUAAGUGGUGCAAUUCCAGGACCGAAUGCGAGUGUGUGGACCGAGUUACCCUACCAUGACGUCCCUUAUGAACACCAGCCUCGCGGAGUGCCCCGAGCGUCACCUGUUCCGCCAGUACAUUCAACUCGUCGAGCAUCUUCAGUGCACACCAUGGUUGCGCCUAGAGUCAGAACUCCAGUAGCUUCUACUCCAGCACCUGUUGGGAUACCCGUCCUUUUGGCUGCCGCUGAGCGGGAAGCCAACCAAGCCGCCGGACGCCGUGGACGCAAUCUGCGGACGGCCGAGGCGUUUGGGGUAAAACUCCCACGAGCUUUGGAGGAAGAAAAGGAGUUUACUAUACCUGGCGAGUGGAUCGCACAGCACUUGAUGGAAAUGGAGAUAGUUGAUUAG